AUGAGCCUGAUAAAUUUCUUGCAGGAAGUCGACGUCGGUCCGGCCAAAUACAACAUCACAACAAUUUACAAGAAAAUGCAAGACCGGAAGUCCCACCAUACCGGAGAUGUGCCGUUCCUAUCUACAGCGAAGAGACUGCCCGGCUACGACCAGGACUCCCCCGGUGUCGGUGAUUACAUUCUCCCUGAAAUACGUCCAAAUGCCAAAACUAUUAGUUCAGUUGGUCGCCCAGAAUGUAUCAAAGGUGACGAUAUCCCAGGUCCAGGAAGUUAUGAGGUUACUACAUUAUUACAUUCAUCCAUUGCAAAAGCAUUUCUUACGCACAAUUUACGCAUAAAAGAACAAAUUAUUCGUAAAAAAUUGAGAAAAGCACCGAAAGAAACCAGAAAGCAGUUUUACAAGACGUUGAAAAAGAGGAAAAUUCUUGAUGUUUUUAAACACAAAUUUGUAGAACCCGAAGAGGAUGAUUUCAAGGAUAUGGAUAUUAUAAGCUAAUGUUUUAAAAUAUUGAGUUUUUUAUUUAGGUACAUGUGCAUUUCAAGCAAGACUGUCGAAAUUUUCAAAAUAUUAAAGUUGAAAGUACAUCACCGGCA